GUGGCGCCCGCUGGUGGGUGGGAUGCUGUACGGAAACAACAGUAUUGAUCCAGUCCCGCACGGAGGCAGCCGGUCGUUCCGGCUUCAAAACGACCAGAAUUAUCAGCUGGAUGGCGAACAGCAGCGGUUGUACCGGCGGGACCAGCACGCGGAACACGAACACCGGGGCUGCUACAGUGCUCUUGACACGAACUGGAGCACGAUGAUGCAGCACAGCACGAUGAAGAAUUCCUCUUGCGCGGGAAUUUCCUCCAUGACGCCUCGCUUGAUGUUAACGACAACUCGCACAACUCUUCCGCGGCCGGUGCAAAUCUACGUGAAUCCCGGACUCAUCUCAUCUCGACACGACCUUUCGCCACACGAACUUGUGGAGCGGCUUUCGUUUGUCUCGAAAAGU